ACACAGAGCCGCCAGAUCAAUGUCUACGAGGAAGCCUCGCAUACAAAGCAAGCACGGAUGCGCUCAGUGUAGGAAGCGUCGUAUCAAGUGUGACGAAGGUCGUCCGGACUGUAAGAAUUGUGCCAGACGUAGAGCCGAGUGCAGCUUUCGUACCUAUGACCCGGUUCCCAGAUCUUUCCUUGCAAGGGCUCCACAAGCGAAUGGACCUUCAAGUAGCCCCGAGGGGUCUGUUGCAUCAAUUUCAUCUCCAACUUUCUUGGACUACCUCCCUCAAGACAAGUUGAUCGUCCACUUUCCAGAUGCUUUACGUCCGCGAAUUCGACAUCUGUUGCAGCAUUUCGCAGAGGAGACCAGCUUCACAAUCACUCACAAUGACGCCGCUAGAGCAGCUUGGUGUGCAGCUGUUCCCCAACUUACAGCGAAACAUAUUUUUGUCUUGCAGGGGACAGUUGCUAUUUCAGCUCUCCACGUCUCCAAACAUGCAGAGACAGAAAGCGAGAAGAAACAUUUCCGAGAUAUUGCAACCUACCAAAUGAACAUGGGACUUAUCAAGUACCGCGAAGCCAUUGCAAGGGUUUCAGAGACGAAUGCGGAGUCACUGUUAGCAUUCUCCGUCACCGCUACUGCGUGGGUCCUCUACACAACAACAGACGACUUUCAGGCUCUUCUGCAUCCUAACGAAAAGAGACGAGGACUGAAUCGAGAUCAGACCGUAAAGGCUCUCGUGGCCACUACGUCGAAGAUCCUGCGUACUCUUCGAGGCGUACUUGUCAUAUUGGUGCCUUGUUGGCAUCUGAUAGUGAGUGGAGUGUUUAAAGACGUCGCAAAGCGCGAUUGGUGGCCGUAUGCUAUGCCUGCCACAUCCGAUGCGAUCGAGGAUGACAAACGCCUCAAGGAUAUAGAAAGCAUGUGGAUGAGGCCAGAUCGUCCCUACGAGUACUGUUUUGAUGCCUUGAGGCAGGCAUUGAAAACCUUGCGGGAAGAUUUCGCGCGUGUCUCACAGCUCACUGUUUCCGACAAUGCACCAAAAACUCGGUAUGGAAAGCUUAUCGAUUGGACUUCCGUGAUGAGCUGGCCCAUCCAGUUACCUUUGGCCUUUUUGGAACUCGUGGAAGCACGACAGCCCGAAGCCUGGGUCAUUCUUGCGCAUUAUGCCGUACUUCCUGCUCAAGUCGAGUUCGUGUUCUGGAUUAAGGACUUCGCGCCAAAUCUCGUCUCCACGGCUGCUCUUGUGUUGGGGGAACAGCAGCGCAACUCAAUCGAGUGGCCUGCGCAAGCUGUGGGCGUUGACUUAGACCAACUCUAUUCAAUACAUCGGACUGAGACUUGA